AUGGCAGAUCUUGUCUGUUGCGCAUUGGAGGCUUUGAGCCGGACCGGUUUGAAAGACGGCGUCUUCAAAGCUGCUUUUCUUCACAACGACGAAGAGCUUACCAUUGAGCUCGACCAAAGGCGGAAUGACUGGUCGAAAAUACUGCGAGACUCCGACAAGACUGCGGUUUACGCCGUUGUCAAUGAAAGGUGCAUCGAAUGUCACACCCCAACUCACGUCAUGGCAGAAUGCGACGACACACUUGGAUUUACAGCUCUAAAUACAUCAGUGGACAUCCCCAACGGUGGUACUCCGCAAAGGAUAGUAGUCAACGGUGAAAAUCUGAAAAUCCACGGUAUCCCCGAGGGUGGUGGGAAUGUUUUAAUAGUAAGCCCUACUUCAGGAUUUACUAUCUCUCGUCCUACCGAGGCAACCGAAUCUAGGGAUCUAGCAUUACGAAGCAGUGGAAGGUACCUGGUUUUCACUUGUGCAACAACCAAAGGUUUCAAUGGGAUGGAGCAAAAACGAGCGCGCAAUAGAGUCCGUCAAUCAAGAGAUGCCCAGAACAGGGCGAUCCGGGUUUUAAGCGAAGCCAGAGAGGCUCGCAUAACUAUGGGGGAACAACGUGGUGAAAGGACAACAGAACUUUUGGAAGUAUAUCGGCGCCCUACGUCUAUCCGACUCGGAGGUGGGAGUAGAAGGGCUUCUUCAAUGGCCUCACCAUCAGUCGACACCGCUCCGAGUACUUCGAGGAUGGAGCUUCACAACCCAGCCGUCAUAUCCAUCCCUCGGCGAGAAAUCAGAAACGGCAACAGCACUGUCCGAUAUGAAGCCCCCGUUCGUGCCGAAUCAGGCAAUCUUAUUCCUCAUGGUACCUCAAUGAACCAACUGGGUGACAGUUGA